AUGGCUCCUCAAACGAACAGUAAUAACUCGAAACCAUCUAAACUCUUAAGAACACGAUGGUUAAUUAGCUACAGAUACCAAAGCGAUGCAGUCGCGGACAUCACAUUGACAAUCGGAUAUUUAUCCGCCCUCAUCUCAAUAUUGUCGCAAGCUUUGACCCCACGCGCCAAGUUCAUGAAGAUCAUGUUCUUCAAUCUCCUAUCAACAUGCGUUUCGGCUUCCCUUUGCUGCCUUACAAUCUACUGUGCUGUCAAAGCAAGAGAGCACAAUACUCCUCCGGAUGCCAAUGAGAGUGUUAAGAAUGGAUAUAGUAGUGACGCCUGUGCUGUGUCUGCCAUCUGGCUGAUCUUUAUGAUAUGGGUCGCUAACACCAUCCGUGCAUGGCGCCCUAUGGAACUGCAGGAUCCCAUGGUCGCCUUUUCCAUCUUUGCAUCUGUCACCAUCACACGCGCCGGGACCUUCGUGACGGUAUCCGACGGUUUGGCAUUCGUCUCGAGACUUUUGAAGGGCUUCAUGAUCGGUUUCGCCAUUGCGACAGGUGUAUCCUUAUUGAUAUUACCCAUUACCAGCCGACGUAACGUUUUCCACGACAUCAAGGGCUAUGUGGCGCAGAUUGAUGCAGUCCUUCAAUCCCAAAUGGCGUUCGUGGAGCGUACACCUCAGCUACUGACAGGGGGUCAGGGACUCUUGAACAGGACACGAACUGCUCAGACUAUUCGCGAUGUUGAGAAUAAUCCUGGAUCUGAUUUAGAGGCACGGAAGAAACAGCUUACGGCGUCAAUCACGAAAUUGAAUGCUCUUCAUGGGAAACUACAGUCCGAUCUAUUUUAUGCUAAUGAUGAGUUUGCUUGGGGAAAGUUGUCCGCGAGCGAUCUCAACCGUAUUGGAGGGUUAUUACGAAGCAUUUUGUUGCCUCUGGCUGGAAUGGCUCAGCUUCCGGAGGUUCUGGAUAUGAUCAUCAAGAACGAAGGGUCACGGGAGAAUGACAGGGUGUCGGAUGGUGAACGUGGAGAUGAGUUACUGAAGCAAUCAGAGAUGGAGAAGGUUUCGGGGACUCUCCAUGACCGUUUGGCGGAUGCGACCAGUCUAACCACGGGAGGACUGCAAUAUGUUUUGUUGGCAUUGGAGCUGGCCAAGCCUAAGCAACUAGAGAGCAAGCGCAACGAAUCCGGUGAUGAGGAGUCUAAAGGCGAGGCGAUUAGUCCACUUGAUUCAAACUUCACUUCUCGAUUCGAGCAAGAAAUGAGCAAGUACUUCGAACGACGCAAGGAGCUCCCACGAUCUUUAGCGAGCCUUGAAGCAUUCUCGGCGUCAGAAAAGGUCGACGACAUAUCCAAUGACUCUAGAGCUGUGAUACCUGACUCCGACGUCAGGCAGGAGUUUUUCCUGAUUCUGUACAUGGGCCAUCUGCAGGAGAGUCUUCUCAACGGAGUGCUCGAACUAAUCAAGUUUGCAGAUAGCAAGGUUGCGGAUGGAACAAUGAAAAAGAGCGGACCAAUCUUCCCCAUGCAAAAUUCUAUACGAGGAUGGCUAUCCUUAAAGUCUGAGAAGGAUAAGUCGAGAGGCUCGGACAGCAGGCAGCCUUCCCAGGCCAAUCCCGCCUCGAUCCAUGCAGAGGAUGAGCCCGACCGAUUCCCUGAUCCCGAGCAUCUACCUCCAGCUAACCUUCUGGAGAAAGCGAGCACUAUCAUUCGCUUUAUCUCGCAUGUCAUCAAGUCGGAGUAUAGUAUUUUCGGAUUUCGCGUUGCGGCCGCUGCAUUCUCCGUUGGCAUAUUGGCGUUUUUGCAUCAAACGCAGAACUUCUUCAUUCGCCAAAGGUGCAUCUGGGCUAUGAUUGUCAUUGUGAUCGGCAUGAACCCGACAAGUGGACAAUCUAUGUUUGGCUUCGUGGCCCGUAUUGUAGCUACCGCCGUCUCGCUAGUCUUGAGCUUGGUCGUCUGGUACAUUGUCGAUCAGAAAACUCCCGGCGUCAUUGUAUUUCUAUAUCUGGCAAAUGUAUUUGAGUACUAUUUCUACGUGAACGUCCCUCAAUACUUCGGCCCUUCCAUCAUCUCAAUCGUCACCCUGAAUGUCAUUGUUGGCUAUGAACUACAGGUCCGCAAACUAGGAAUGGAGGUCGCAACCUCCAACGGCCAACCAUACUACCCCAUCUACAUCUUCGGACCCUACAAACUCGCCGCCGUUGCCGCCGGAUGCGCCAUCUCCUUCUUCUGGGUCAUUUUCCCAUACCCGAUCACCGCAAAGUCCACGCUGAGGAAAUCCGUUGGUCGAGCACUAUUCGUCCUCGCCAAAUUUUACAGCUGCAUGCACACAACCGUCGAGCUCUGGCUCCACGGCGAACUAAGCAAUGGCCAAGACACCCGCUCAGCAUCCUACAAGCUCGAAACCUCCGGACACAAAAUCUUCAAAGAAGAAAUGAUGCUCCUAAACCAACUCCGCACGUACAGUCACUUCAGUACAUACGAGCCCCCAAUCGGCGGCAAAUUCCCAAAGGAAACUUACGACCACAUCAUCUCCGAGAUCCAGCGAAUGCUAACCAGCAUGGCAUUGAUGGCACAUACAACCCAGCAUCUAAAUGUCUCGUCCAGGGAGACGGAAAGUUCUCGUAACUCGGGAGAAAGAUGGGUCUCGCAGCUCGCCUCGAUCGCGUUACAAUCUGCCGAUUUCCAUUCCCAUUCUCUAACCUCGCUACUUUGCCAUUUGUCGGCUUCGCUUGCCAAUGCCCAGCCCUUGCCGCCGUAUUUGUCUGUCGGUGAUUCGUUCCCCUUGGCAAGGCAUUUGCAGAGGAUUGAUGGUGAGUUGUUGAGUAUUCGCCAUGUACAGGAUCCGGCUUUUUCGGCAUUUGUGACGCUGGAGGUGCUGAGGUCUGUGGUGGGUUUUACUUUGAGGGAUUUAUUGAGGUCCCGCCUUAACCUGAACUUUCGUGGCCGUCGCAAGCCCAUCAUACUCAGACCCAAAGACCCAAUCAUCGCCAGAGACAUGCACGAUCUCCAUGAUAAGCGACUCCGGCAGUUCGGCAGGAUCUACAAAAAACAUACAAAGCCUUGGGACUGUUGUGGCGUUCGUUAG